AUGGGAACGCCGCGACGCCGACCCGGGCAGAACACCAGCCCCUAUGCAAUGAGCUCCUCGAACAUUUUCGGGACGAACAACGAAAUUUUCGGAAGCAACUUCCUGAACUCGCCCGUGUCCAGCAGGAGGACAAAAAAUAGCAAGGGCAGCUUCCUCAACAGCAUGCUGAACGAAUCCAAGUACCUAAAUCAGAGCAACACCGGGUCGCAGUUUAUGAGGUAUGGACACACACCUCUAGCGAUCAGAAGAAUCAAAUGCGCAAGAGCCGACAUAGGAGACGUGGGCAGGGAAGCCUUCAUGGAAGACGUGGAAUCAGGAAGACUACCCCAUUUUAUAGAUUCCAACUUGGAGCAGAUAAAAGAAUUAUUCAACCAAUUCUUCGACGAAUUUAAUAUAACAAAUUAUACCGACGUUCUGCAGUUCACAGAUGAGGACAGAAGCAUCACAGAGUAUAUCCUCCUUCACAGGGAUAACCUAAAGGUCUAUUUGGCGUACUAUGGAUGGAAGAUGAUAAAAUUUAUCGAGACGGGUCGACAGAACGAAUGCAAACUGAACAACGAAGUGGAAGAAACGGAUUCAGAUGCUGUAAAAAAUUUGGAGCACAUAAAGUCAUUCGAAGUGGACUUAACACAUAUUUACUUCUUUAACAAAAAAUUGUACAAAUUGAUUGUAGAGUAUCCAUCCGAUUGCAUCAGCGAGAUUGAUAAGAUUAUAAGUGCUAAGUAUAACUCUCUUUUGGCAUUGGUUCUCGAGGGGGACACCACGUCCAAUGCAUCAGAUAAAUAUUCCCUUUCGAACACGAAGCAGGAUUACUGUAGAGUUCGAUUCUUUAACAAGAAACAUAAAGAUACCCCCAGAAAGUUAGGACCAAAUCAUAUAGAAACAUUAGUAUGUAUAAAAGGAGUCAUAAUUCGAUGCUCCAAUAUCAUCCCUGAAAUGACCAUGGCUGCUUUCAAAUGUACUUCCAAAAAAAGAAUAGGAGUUAAUAAUUACGAGAAGUGCAAUGAAGAAGUGUAUGAGCAUGUCAUCCAAGGGGAAGUACAGGAACCGUUAAGCUGCACAAACUGCAAUAAUAAGAACACCUUCGAAUUAUGGCACAACAACUGCUGCUUCUCUUCAAAGCAGCUCAUCAAAUUGAGUGAAGUCACGGAACAUUUGAAACAGGGAGAGACUCCUCAAUCCAUUUCUAUCUAUGCAUAUGAUGACUUGAUAGAUUACACCAAACCAGGAGACACCGUCGAAUUGACAGGAAUAUUGAAAGCAUCUCCCGUCAGAUUAAACCCCAGGUCUAGAUGUUACAAUAGUGUCCAUAGAACCUACAUCAACGUCAUACACAUUCGAAAGGAGAACAAACAGAAAAUGAAACUGACGGAACAGAACGACACUGCUUCAGUUAUUCUAAAAAGAAAUGACGACGGAACGGUGGAGGAAAAUUUCGAAAAAUUAAAUGAGCAAGGAAAUCUACUCUUCACAACAGAAGUAAUACAGAAAAUGCAGAGACUUAGUACAGACCCUAAUAUAUACCAGCGGCUAGUUGAUUCUAUAGCUCCAUCGAUUUAUGGACGAGAUGAUAUCAAGAAAGGCCUCCUUUGCCAACUUUUCGGUGGCAGCAAAACUACCGAUAAAUUUAAAAAUAAAUAUCGAUCCGAAAUUCAUAUAUUAUUAUGUGGAGAUCCCUCUACAGCCAAAUCACAACUUCUACAUUAUGUUCAUAAGCUAUCCCCAAGAGGCAUCUACACAAGUGGCAAAGGUAGCAGCAGUGUCGGUCUCACUGCCUUCAUUUCGAAAGAUUCAGAGACAAAGGAAUACAUCCUCGAAUCUGGUGCCGUUGUCCUCUCCGAUAAAGGAAUUUGCUGUAUUGACGAGUUUGACAAAAUGGACGACUCGGCUAGGGCAAUCUUACACGAAGUCAUGGAACAGCAAACAGUCACCAUUGCCAAAGCAGGGAUCGUUGCAACACUCAAUGCUCGUACCUCCGUUCUUGCAUCAGCUAAUCCGAUUAACAGUAGGUAUGAUAAGAACAAAGCUGUUGUGGAGAAUAUCAACUUACCACCAUCCCUUUUUUCAAGAUUCGAUUUGAUCUACCUCGUUAUAGAUCAGGCAAAUGAGGAGGAAGAUAAAAAGUUAGCCACAGUGUUGUGCAAAAACUUUUCCUACGGCGCCAAAGACGAAUCGGACUCCGACACGGAAGACGGAUCAGAUUCCGAAUUGGAUGACGAGUUUAAAGCUCCUUCCGAGUUCGACGCUGCCAGUGACGCAGAUCCACCUCAAAGGAGGAAGAAACAUAUAGGAGAAGACCAAACUGCCAACCCAACCAAGGCGUGUAAAAAGAAUUCCAAAAAGUACCUUAUCGAUUCGAACACCCUGGCGUUGUAUAUUGCGUACUGCCGCAUAACGUGCAAUCCGAUCAUUUCGCUAGAAAGCAAAAAGAUUAUAAUUGAUGAAUACAUAAAAAUGAGAUGCAAGGAAGGGUCCAAGUCUCCAACGGCUAGCCCGAGACAGUUGGAAGGUCUCGUUCGUCUAAGCCAAAGUUUAGCGAGAAUGAAACUCAAAGAUGUAGUCACUCCUGAGGAAGCCAACGAAGCGGUGCGACUCAUGAACAUUGCAACGUUUCAGAGUUUGAUAGAUCCCCUAAGUGGUAGAAUCGAUUUCGAUCAAGUCAACCUUGGACAGACAUCUCAACAUAAGAAGAAAUCAGAUCAGAUAAAGGACAUCAUUAUGAAUGCUCUCCUUUUGAGGAACAUGACAAAGGACGAAUUGCUUUCACAUUGUCACGAAACCAUUAUGAAUAAUCGGGACUAUGCGAUGCCUAUGGAUAGAAAGUCCUUCGAAGAAGCUUUCCACGACCUCGAACGUUCCCAGGAGAUGACACGGCUGGUAUCUGGCCUUUACAAGAAGAAGUAG